AUGUAUAACGGUACUACCGACCUAAAGGCGCAUCUCCAGGCGUUCCACAUCACUAUGGGAAGAGCCAGGCUUAGGGAAAGCGAGAAAGACGCAGGUUACUGUCGCCUGUUCGUCGAAAAUCUCGAAGGUGCGGCGCUCGAAUGGUUCUCCCAUUUGAAGCGAAACUCCAUCGGAAGCUUUUGCCAACUCGCGUCGGAAUUCCUCCUCAAGUACUCUAUGUUCAUUGAUAGAGAAACUUUUUAUGUCGAUCUCUGGAGCUUAACUCAGGAAGAGGGCGAGACCCUCCGAGAGUUUAUAAGCCGUUUCAAACUGAUCAUGGAGAAGGUCAGCGGAAUCAGCGACAAAGUCGCCAUCGAUGCCCUUAGGAAGGCGCUCUGGUACAAAUCGAAGUUCAGAAAGUGGAUAACGCUCGAGAAACCUCGCACGAUCCAGGAUGCCCUCCACAAAGCCUCGGAUUACAUAAUGAUCGAAGAAGAGCCGAAGACCGAAGGUCACUCCACAGCUAACUGCAAAGUCGUAGGGGCGAGGCUGGCCGCGAAGCUGCUUGCUGGAGAACUCUCUGGAGUAACCAGCGUCAAGGAUCUAAUCCUCGACUCCGACCGUCCGCCAAAAACCAACAAGAAUCCUCCCGCGGAGAACUCGUCACCGAAAAAUAAGGCGGGGGAUAAGCGCGAGAGAAGACCGGACGAUAGGGGAAACGAUAAUUCCCGAAGGAGGGUCAACAUGAUCAUGGGAGGAUCCCAGUACUGCAAGGACUCGGUCUCGGCCAUCAAGGCCUACCAACGAAAAGCCGAGUCGACAGCAAAGUAUCCUCCACGGUCGCCUCCUCGAGACGGACGGAACACCUCGAUAACGUUCACUGAAGAAGAGGCUUGCGGAAUCGACCAACCUCACUGCGAUCCCUUGGUCAUAGAUCUCGUAAUAAGAGAUCUCGAAGUCGCAAGAAUACUUAUCGACACCGGAAGCACGGUAAACCUAAUCUUCCGCGAUACCCUGAGAAGGAUGGGCGUCGAGCUCAGAGAAGUCACACCGGUACCAAAACCGCUCACGGUUUCUCCGGACAAACGUCCAUGA